AGGAGGGGCGGGGCCCAAGGGGCGGGGCCUCGGUGGCCCGGCCGCUGGCUGGCAUUCGCGCAGUCCAGCUCAGCCCGGCUCCGGGAUGGCGUCUCCACGGGAGCUGACCCAGAACCCCCUGAAGAAGAUCUGGAUGCCGUACAGCAAUGGUCGGCCCGCCCUGAACGCCUGCCAGCGCGGUGUUUGCAUGACCAACUGCCCUACACUCAUUGUCAUGGUGGGCCUGCCUGCCCGGGGCAAGACCUACAUCUCCAAGAAGCUGACGCGCUACCUGAACUGGAUUGGAGUGCCCACGCGUGAAUUUAACGUUGGCCAAUAUCGGCGGGACAUGGUGAAGACAUACACAUCUUUUGAGUUUUUCCUCCCAGACAAUGAAGAAGGUCUGAGAAUCAGAAAGCAGUGUGCCCUUGCAGCCCUCUGUGACGUCCGCCGGUUCCUUAGUGAGGAGGGGGGACAUGUGGCGGUUUUUGAUGCAACAAAUACCACUCGAGAACGGAGAGAAACCAUCUUUAAUUUUGGGGAACAGAAUGGCUACAAGACCUUCUUUGUCGAGUCCAUCUGUGUGGAUCCUGAGGUGAUAGCAGCCAAUAUCGUGCAAGUGAAGCUGGGCAGCCCUGACUACGUUGACCAUGACAGCGACGAGGCCACGGAGGAUUUCAUGAGACGCAUUGAGUGCUACGAGAACUCGUACGAGUCACUGGAUGAGAACCUGGACAGGGAUCUGUCCUACAUCAAGAUCAUGGACGUGGGGCAGAGCUAUGUGGUGAACCGCGUGGCUGACCACAUCCAGAGCCGCAUCGUCUAUUACCUCAUGAACAUCCAUGUGACCCCUCGCUCCAUCUACCUCUGCCGGCAUGGGGAGAGCGAGCUCAACCUCAAGGGCAGGAUUGGUGGAGACACUGGACUGUCCCCUCGGGGCAGAGAGUUUGCCAAGAGUCUGGCCCAGUUCAUCAGUGACCAGAACAUCAAGGACUUAAAGGUCUGGACAAGCCAGAUGAAGAGGACGAUCCAGACGGCCGAAGCUCUCGGUGUGCCCUAUGAGCAGUGGAAGGGUGUCUGUGAAGAAAUGACCUAUGAGGAAAUUCAGGAUCAUUAUCCACUGGAGUUUGCCCUUCGAGAUCAGGACAAGUACCGGUACCGGUACCCCAAGGGAGAGUCCUAUGAGGACCUGGUCCAGCGCCUGGAGCCCGUCAUUAUGGAGCUGGAGAGGCAGGAGAAUGUUCUGGUCAUCUGCCACCAGGCCGUGAUGCGCUGCCUCUUGGCCUACUUCCUGGACAAGGCAGCAGAACAGCUGCCCUACCUCAAGUGCCCACUGCACACAGUCCUGAAGCUGACCCCCUUGGCUUACGGUUGUAAAGUCGAGUCCAUAUACCUGAAUGUGGAGGCUGUGAACACACACCGGGACAGGCCUCAGAACGUAGACAUCUCAAGGCCACCAGAGGAAGCCCUUGUCACGGUCCCCGCUCACCAGUGACUGUGUCUCAUCCGGUCUGACCCCAGGCAGGCACUGAUUUCUGCAGAUGAGGCCAUUCCAGGCCC